GUGGCUGACGUCAAGUCUGGAGGUACAGAGUCGGAUCACUCGGUCCAUCAGGGCAAGAAAGCGGCCGCGCCGUUCGACAAGUGCGAUGCCGAUGUCAUUCUGUGUUCCUGCGAUUCGCCCGGGACCGGCGCGCUGAUGCAGCAAGGCCAGAUCGUCAACAAAGAUGGCGUGCCCGUCAUACAGGUGACGGAAGACAGUAUUGUCCUCGACAGCCUUCUUCGUCUGUGUUAUCCGACAGCCGAUCCCGAGCUAGAGAGCUUGGAGAAGCUAUGUCCGGUCUUAGAGGCCGUGAAGAAGUACAUGGUGGACGCCCCCUUGCGUGAUCUCAGGACACGCCUGCACGCUCUUGCUGAGACAUCGCCUGUCAAGGUAUACGCCAUCGCUAUAUACCACGGCUGGGACGAGGAAGCCCGAGUGGCAGCGAAGUGCUUCCUUAACUACCCGCUGGACUUUAGCACCAUCUGCGCAAUGGAACUUGACGGGAUCUCUGGUGGAGCGUAUCACAGGCUUCUUGACUAUCAUCAACGAUGCAGCCAAGCAGUGGCCGGACUGACAAAAGAAUUCCUGUGGUUGAGCCCGGACGACUCGCAAUCGUACCUUCUCGACCAUAUUCUCUGUCCCAGCUCACUUGUGACUUAUAAUUGGCCAAAUACGAGACGCAAUCCACGGAAAUGGUGGAUAGAGCAUAUGGAGCGUUCUGGCGCACUGCUCAAGGCCACGCCAAGUGGGAAAGCCAUUGCUUCCCCUGGCUGGACGGAUCAGGCGAUAAAAGUCGCAAUGGGAUGUUCGGAGUGCAAACGGAAUGUCCUCGUAGAUAUGAGGCGAUUCACUGAAAGGUUUGCUGCCGAGGUGGAGAAAGUCACUUCAGAGGUGAGUCGGAAACAUCUUGGGCUAGACCUUACCGAUUGA